AUGACUCAUAACUACCUCCCCUACAUCUACACUACUCCCAUUGUUCUCCCCCACUUUGGAAAAUGUCUUGCGCUAACCACAACUUUUCUGUGCUUAUGCUCAGGCACACAUAGUGUAACUACAGUCCUUUGAAUUCCACUGUGCUUGUGGCCCUAUGCAAUAAUGCAUGUAUGUACAUGUACAUGUCCAUGUACAGACCAUGUAGAAGGUCAAAUCUGUUUACACUGCACUGAAUAUCGAGACUGUACAUUGCGUUACAAUAUUGACCCAUAAAAUUGUGUGUACAGUGUACUGCAUUGUGCAUGGAAUUCUUUGAGUGACCGUGAUACGUGAGAGGGGUCGGGUAGACUAGACCUAGGGCCUAGCCUAUGCCAAUUUCAGCUCGACUCAUCCUACUUCUCUUCAAGUUAUGACUACUGGCAGCAUAUUGAUACAUACGAAUGGAUAUCAUCCUGUCAAUCAGCAGAAAAUCAUACAAAACGCAGCGUGUCAAUACCGGUACCGGAAUCUGAUGUAACGUCAAAAUCUCGAAAAAGGAAUAUUAUCGACGAAGGUGAAACGAAGAAUAUACGCCUACACUAGAAAGGUGUCGGCAUCUACUUUUUUGGAAAUCCUAACAAGUCGCAACCGUCUCUUUGCUCGUGCUGUGAUUUGGCUAAAAUGGUAUCGGCGGGACUUCAGCAACCCGUGACGGUGAAUUACGACCAGGACAGAUGGGGAUGGCUCAUGGUGGCCGCAGCGUUCGUCAAUGCGUUCGUCAUCAUGGGUCAGCUCAAAGCACUAGGUGUACUCCUCAUACCGAUGACCAACGACUUCGACAGUGAACUGUGGCUUGUUGGCUGGGUGGCAGUCCUGUAUAGCAUGACACAGGAUUGUUUCGCACCUGUCGUAGGAGCACUCUCUCGUCUACUAGGCGCACGCCCCAUGAUCGUCAUGGGUGGAGUUCUGUAUACGUUGGGCUUGAUUCUGGCGUCGAUAUCACCUUCAGUUCCGCUGUUGGCAGUUUUCGUUAUUGGACUAUCAGGUUUUGGUGCUUCGUUCAAUUGGUACAUCGGUUUUGCUGUAAUGGCUUCUUACUUCAAGGAGAAAUAUCCGUUAGCUAUUGGACUGUCAACGAUGGGUAUUCCCCUUGGUAUAAUGGCUUAUGGGCCCGUAACCCAGGUUCUUCUCAACACCUACGGCUGGAGAGGAACCAUGCUUUUACUAGGAGGGAUCUCGUUUCAUCUUGUGGCGUGUGCCUUGUUAGUGCGACGGGAUCCAUCUUCCAAUUCAGCUAAUUCAGACACUGAUCAGUACCAAGAAGUGUUGGUUCUCGAUGAAGAAGAAAAUGCGCAGGAAGAAGGGGAUGCUCCCAAUCAUACAAGACGCACACAAGAAAAGAGAGAAAAAACGUAUUGCCAGCGCUUGAUAGAGGCGAUGGAUUUCAAAGUGCUUGCCGAUAAAAGGUUUGCUUUGCUUGUUUGUGGCGGGUGCUCAGCCGCGUUUGCAUACAGCGCUUGGCUGGUGUUCAUGGUGCCGUAUGGGAAAUUCCAAGGCCUGAAUGACACUCAGGCGUCGUUCCUGCCUACUGCGUUCGGUAUUGGCAACGUCAUUGGUAAGCUACUGGCACCCCUCUUACAGGAGCUCGGCAUGAAACUGCCCAUGACAUUCUGGGCGUGUUUCGGGGCAGCUCUAAUAAGUGGUUCGUUCGUCGUAAAUGCCUUUAUCAGACCGUUCAUCGGACUGUUAGCCGUUACGGGACUAGUGGGUGUUGGUUACGCCGCGAUGUACCAAGCCAUUGAUGUCAUUUUACGGUUCAUCUCGACAGACGACCGGUUGGUUAGUAUACUAGCCUGGCAGGGAGUCUUUGCUGGAGUUGCAGGGGCGCUUGGUGGAUUGGUGUCAGGUUGGAUUUACGAGUGGACGGGGACUUUCUUCAUAUCCUUCUUCGUGUAUGCUGGGGUGACAUUGCUUUCGAUUCCCUUUUUCAUCAUGGAAGCUGCAUACGAUAAACAGACGCACUAGUACAGCCAGGCUUCGAGAUUGACUUUGAAGCUGUGACUUCUGUGACAAAGAGAACUGUCUCUUGGAGGACAAUGACAGGAAUGCACUCUCAUCACAACAAGAAGGCAGCAUCGCCGGGUUCUUUAAUAUUGCACUGCAAAUAGCAUCCAUUUACCAGCGGAGGUAGAAGAAACAACUCACCCAGCUAUGUGUUAAGCGUCAACACUUAGCUAAAACAUUUUACGGAUAGAACAUUUUGGGGCCACUAUUUAGAAGAAAAACGGUGCUUACUUCGACCAAAAACCUCUAAAAACGUAAAAUACUGAAUCAAACGUGUGUCUCUAUUUUGUAUAUGUGUCUCUAUUUAUGUACAUGUGUAUUAGCCUUGAUCUGAGGAAAUUCAGACAUCGUAUAAUGCCAUUAAAAUGGCAAAUCUAAAGAAGAGAAUAUUUACAGACUGAAGAACAAAAAUCCUGACUUUUUGUUUCACGUAAAUAGUUUUAGGAGUGAGAAAUUAAGGCAAUUAAGAUAAUUUGCUCAUCUUGGGAGAUCGAAUAGUUGCAGUAAGAUCAUAGCUUUCCAUUUGGAAUACUCACUUUGGAAGGAUUUGGCCCCAAAAUAAAGACGCUUAAGAAUGUAAACUCGAAAUAGAUUUAAUGUAUAUUCGAACAGCUUCAAAUUUUUACAUGAAAUAAAGAUGUUAAGUGAUGACAUUAUUACUCGAA